AUGGAGGCUUGGUUGCUCUUUUUUAGCCUUCCAAGAAGUUGCUUCUUUCCUGGGUAUGAUACCUUGGCAUCUGCUAUCAUUCGGCAUCUCCUUGAGGAUCCUCAGACCCUGCAGACAGCCAUGGAAUUGGAGAUACGGCAAACUCUAAGUGGAAAUCGUCAUACUGGUCGUAUUUCUCCACGUGCAUUUUUGACAUCAAUGUCACCUGUUAUGUCUAGAGAUGCAGAGGUCUUAAUGAAAGCAGCAGCUGCUGAGGAAGGACCUUUGUUGUGUUAUCAGAAGAAAGAGAAAGAUAAGGAAAAGUCAAAGGUAUCUGGUGUUGAACUGGGGGUAUCUUCUAAUGAAUGUGUUCGAAUCCCUGAAAAUAAAACCCAUGAUGGCCCAGCUAAGUGUUCUAAAGGCCACAAAAGAAUUCCUGCAAGUCUUACUAUGGUAAUUGAUCAUCUUCUUGAAAUUGUAAUGAAAUUUCCUUCACCAAGCGGUGAGGACGAUUGCACAAAUUAUCCAAGUGCAAUGGAGGUUGAUGAACCUGCUACCAAGGUAAAGGGUAAAUCGAAGGUUGAUGAGGCAAAUAAGAUUGAAUCAGACAGUCAAUCAGAAAGAUCAGCAGGGCUAGCUAAGAUAAAACCGUUGGACCUGAUGAAUGGAGAGACAAGUUAUCUGAAAAAGCUUCGUGGUUUCUUGUGGUUUUUGUGUUCUAGAUGUUGGCAUUACGAUUGGCCGAAGGGGAUCUUCUGCUCUUGCAGAGAGCUUGAAGUUGAAGGGGAGCCACUCUUGGAUGCAAAUGCUUUGAAAGCAUUGAUCCGCCUAUUACGAUUAGCGCAGCCUCUUGGGAAUGGCCUUUUGCAGAGAUUUCUGUUAAACUUAUGUGCACAUAGCCGUACAAGGGCAAUUCUAGUUCACCUUCUGCUUGACAUGAUUGGGCCAGAGACUGAAGGCCCAGUUGGCAGAUUGUUGACAGUUAACUCCCUGAGGCUAUAUGGUUGUCAGUCCAAUGUUGUAUAUGGUCGAUCUCAGUUGUUGGACGGUCUGCCUCCCCUGGUGCUGUGUCGUAUUCUUGAGAUUUUGACUUAUCUGGCUGCCAAUCAUUCUGCUGUUGCCAAUAUCUUGUUUUACUUUGAUCCGUCACUUAUUCCAGAGUCAUCAAAUCAAAAAUAUUUGGAAACCAAGAAGGAUAAAGGCAAGGAGAAAAUUGUGGAACUAGGAUAUUCGUCAGACUCUUUAGGAGAUUCUCGGAAGGGGGAUGUUCCUGUGAUACUGUUUCUUAAACUCUUGAGUCAACCGCUUUUCUUGCGCAGCAUUGCUCAUCUCGAACAGGUCAUGGGUCUGCUCCAAGUAGUUGUCUAUACUGCAGCAUCAAAAUUAGAUUGUCAAUCUAAUUCAGAACAAGCUGCAGUCAGUUCUCAAAAUCUGUCUGGCAAUGAAACUGUGAGUGAUGUCCCAAAAGAUCCUCCUUUGUCAGAAAUGGAAGCUAUUCAAGGUGAUUUAAGUGCAAGUGGUGAGUUACAUAAAUCAGAGGGACAGAGAAGCACCAAUAUGUAUGAUAUCUUCUUACAGAUGCCACAAUCUGUGCAGCCCAGCCUUCUUGGCCAUGAAGGGCUCUCAGACAAAGUUUACACUAUUGCUGGGGAGGUGCUGAAAAAGUUGGCCUUGGUUGCUGCUUCCCAUCGAAAAUUCUUUAUUAUGGAGCUUUCAGAUUUAGCUCAUAGUUUGAGCAACUCGGCCGUCAGUGAGCUUACCACAAUAAGGAAUACACACAUGCUGGGUUUGAGUGCCGGAUCAAUGGCUGGGGCUGCAAUCCUUCGUGUUCUGCAGACUCUCAGCUCACUCUCUUCACCAAGUGUGGAUCAGAAUAAGGUUAAGGAGAGUGGUGAGGAACUGGAUGAGCAUGCAACCUUGUGGAAGUUGUAUGUUGCACUUGAGCCAUUGUGGCAAGAAUUGAGUGACUGUAUAAGUACAACCGAGACAGAGCUGGCACAGAGCUCUUUUUCGCCAAUUACGUCAACUAUGAAUGUUGGGGAGCAAGUACAGGGUUCUUCGUCUCUAUCAUCUCCUCCUCUUCCUCCCGGAACCCAGAGACUCUUGCCUUUUAUUGAGGCUUUCUUUGUUUUGUGUGAAAAACUACAAGCAAACAAUUCCAUCAUGCAGCAAGAUCAUGCUUCCUACUCAACUGCAAGAGAAGUCGAGGAGUUCACAGGGAGUUCAUCUCCGUUGUCUAUGAAAUGUGGAGUGGAUUCUCAGAGGAGGCUUGAUGGUGCUGUCACAUUUGCAAGGUUUGCUGAGAAGCAUCGCCGGCUGCUGAAUGCUUUUGUCUGGCAGAAUCCUGGCUUGUUGGAGAAAUCACUUUGUAUGAUGCUGAAAGCCCUCCGGCUGAUUGAUUUUGACAACAAAAGGGCUUUUUUUUGCUCAAGAAUUAGGCAGCAGCAUGAACAACACUUAUCUGGACCACUGCGGAUUAGCGUUCGACGGGCAUAUGUUUUAGAGGACUCGUAUAAUCAGUUGCGAAUGCGACCAAAUCAAGACCUGCAGGGACGCUUGAAUGUGCAUUUUCAGGGUGAAGAGGGUAUUGAUGCUGGUGGGUUGACGAGAGAGUGGUAUCAAUUACUGUCAAGAAUUAUAUUUGAUAAAGGGGCUUUGCUUUUCACAACUGUGGGAAACAAUGCAACCUUCCAACCGAACCCUAAUUCUGUCUAUCAGACUGAACAUCUUUCAUACUUCAAAUUUGUUGGCCGCGUGGUUGCUGAGGCACUGUUUGAUGGGCAACUGUUGGAUGUUUAUUUCACUCGGUCCUUUUACAAGCACAUUCUUGGAGUAAAAGUGACUUAUCAUGAUAUUGAAGCUGUUGAUCCUGAUUACUACAAAAACUUGAAGUGGAUGCUGGAGAACAAUGCAAGUGAUAUCCCCGAUCUGACAUUUAGAAUGGAUGCGGAUGAAGAAAAACCCUUUCUCUAUGAGAAAACAGAGUGUGUGGUCAUAUUUAAUGAUAAAGAGCUUGAGCUACUAAUCAGUGGGCUUCCAGAAAUUGAUUUCGAUGAUCUGAAGGCCAACUCCGAGUAUACUGGCUACACAGCAGCAUCAGUUAUUGUUCAGUGGUUUUGGGAGGUUGUCAAAGCCUUUAACAAGGAAGACAUGGCAAGAUUCUUACAAUUUGUAACUGGUACAUCAAAGUUUCCUUUGGAGGGUUUUAAAGCAUUGCAAGGCAUUUCUGGUCCCCAAAGGUUUCAGAUUCACAAGGCAUAUGGAGCUCCUGAGUGCCUGCCAUCAGCUCGUACCUGGUCAGUGCUAAGAUCAAUUGAUAUAAGCAGUGGUAUGUUACAUGGACUUGGGUGCUUUGUGUCGGGUAUAGGUACAUGUCUAGGCGUUGGACCUUCUUCAACACAAAAUCUUAGCAUAAUGGGAUUCAUUCGAAAAGUGAUCAAAGAUUGGGGUAGGGGUAAGGCGAAACAUUGGGAACAAGUGACACUCUAUGUCAAUGUUUUAUGCAGCUUUAACCAACUAGACCUUCCCGAGUAUACUUCCAAGGAUCAGCUUCAAGAGCGCUUGCUACUCGCCAUCCAUGAAGCUAGUGAAGGAUUUGGCUUUGGUUGA